CUAAGCUCUACCUUCAAUUAUAUGAAUAUUAUUCGAUAAACCUGGGUAUCUAAAGAAUAAGGCGUUGCAGCUGCAUCUCGCAUCUCGCAUCUCGCAUCCCCCACCUCCCACAACAUUUGAACUUGUCAAGAUUCAAACGAAACAAAUGCACGAAUAAACCCACCCCGCCAGCUCCAAUUCUCAACAUGUAUAGGGAGUAAACAUACGUAUAGAGAAAUGUCGUCGAGCGCAGGCCACAGUCUCCCUCACCGGACUGUGUCUAGCAUACGUGCCGGCGACCGCACAUCAACUCAGGCACUUCCAGCUACGCCUCACACCCCUCCACGAGCUUCCGUUGUUCCCUCCGCCUUCGGGUCGCCCUCCACCUUGCGUGCCGACGAUGAGGUUUUGGUUGUUGAAUUAGGUUCACGAAAAUUACGUAUCGGCUUCGGGGGCGAUGCAGUCCCUAAGAGGAUCGCGUCGUUUGGCCUAGAGCAGCAGAGGCGUGCCGGAGACUUUAGGGCUUGGGAAGCUGGUUACCAGGACGACUGGCGCCAUAGGGCUGCCGGGAAGCCUUGGGGAUCGGAUUACGAGCUGUGGCAGUUGGAUUUGAGAGGGAAGGAUCUGGGUCUUGUCGGGGAUAAGCUCGAACGUGAGCUUAGGGAGGCUUUCACCAAAUUUCUACUUAUUGACUCCCGCCCAAGGAGAAUAAGUCUAGUCUUGCCACCCACGCUGCCUAUACCACUAAUAUGUUCAGUUUUCGAUACCAUCUUUACUCGCUUUCAGAUCCCAUCUAUAUCCCUUCUUUCGUCGCCUGUCAUGUCCGCCAUGGCCGCAGGUACUCGAUCGGCCCUAGUCAUUAACCUUGGCUGGCAUGAGACAACUAUCACUGCCGUUUACGAGUUUAGAGAGGUGCAUACUUGGAGGACUAUCAGAGCCGGCAAGCUCUUGGUGGAGGAGACGUACCAGUUUUUAACCAACGUUAUUCGAGGACGACCAGCCAUAGCACGCGCCGAGCGUACCGAGCAUAAAUUGGAGGACAACAUCGUAAGCUUUGAAGAAUGCGACGAGUUCGUAACCCGCAUGCUAUGGUGUAAAAGGGCCGUAAAUCAGUUAUCACAGGAUACCACCGAGGGUCUCCCAACCCUUCACGAGCAGGACGAGUCCGAAACAGUAGCGCCGGCUGACGACCGCGUGCCUGUCGCAGUGGAACUCAAUUCUUGUAAGCCUCCAAAGACGGUGGAAAUUCCGUUUGCGGAGCUAGCCGAACCUUGCGAGGCAGUCUUUUUCGAACCUAACAUUUCACCUUCUUGCUUUGACGACCAUGAGCUUCCCGUGCCUCUAUUAGCUUACCGAGCUCUAUUGAAGCUACCCUUGGAUGUUCGCGCAGUUUGCAUGGCGCGCAUCAUAUUCACGGGUGGCUGUUCCAACAUUAUCGGACUUAAGGGGCGCAUUUUUGACGAAGUAUCGCUCUUGGCUAAGGAGAGAGGUUGGGAUCCGGUCAGAGGAAAGGCGUAUGACAAAUAUAAAGCAAACCCAAACCUACGGCGGAGCGGUAGUCGACAGUCUGGUGAAGGUCCUACUCCCGCGGUAGUUCUAACCGGAAGCGGCAGUGGUACAGAAGAAGCAGAGACAACACCACCUAUCAAUCCUGCAUAUGCGCCCCCUGACAUGGAUCAUGUGGAGGAUGUUAUCAAAAAGGAGAGAAACUACAAGCCAGCUGUACAAGGCACGCUUCGGGUAAUAGACUCCCUAGGUUCUUGGUGCGGAGCAAGCUUAGCAGCGCAGCUCAAGGUGCCGGCUUUAGCUACAGUCGAGCGCGAAUAUUGGCUUCAACAAGGCGUUAAUGGUGCAUGUCGACCUAACGAAGUGGACGUCAAGGCGCAACAGAGGCAGAGCAUGGGCGCUGGGGGAUUGGUUAGAGGCCAAGCCUCGCAGGCUACCGGCGGUUGGACUCUGGGAAUAUGGGGAGCUAUUUAAACCAAGUUUAACCAUGGAACUCUGAUGAAUAUUAUCAAUAUACUGGAGCUUAAUUGGGUUUAUUCUUGAGUUUUGGUACAACUAGAUCUCCAUGUAGAUGCUACCUCAGGAGGUACAUGUAGGUAGACUUCCAUAUGUCUAGGUAAGUACCUAGGUAGGUACAUAGUACUACCUACAUAGAUACCUACAUACAUGUAGGUAUGUACAUGUAUGUACCUAGGUAACCUUAUCCAUGGAUAUCACGACGGAGCAAAGGAUGUCGAGAGCAGGAGCAGGAGCUACCCCUGCAAAAUGCGGGGAGCUAAAGCUACUCUAAAAAAAGAUUCGCAAAUCGAACGACGCUUCAAC